CAACGAGAAAAACAUGACAUUCUAUAAAAUCAUGCGGGGAGUUCUCUUUGUCCCCAUUAUCUUCCUGUUUGGCAUUUUCGUUUACUUUAUGAGUAUCAUACUGAAGGUCUUCUUCACCACUCGUUGCGUUAGAGAGAACUCCCGCUACAUCUUGUUCGUUCACAUGCUGGUAAAUGAUUUAAUAUACAUUAUUCUUGCCUUUCUCCUUUAUUUUGGAUCAGCACAUUAUUUAUAUUGGCCUCUACCAAUCUGUUUCUUGGUCAUCAGCAUAUGCACCUGCUCCUUUAGAGUGACUCCAUACAACUUGGCGGUCAUGUCCUUGGAACGUUAUGCUGCCGUUUGCCACCCAUUAAGGUACGCUGAACUAUGUAAUGUACAAAGGUCAAGAGUGGCUAUGGUGGCCAUGUGGGUUGUGGGCUUUGUGCCCCAAAUGAUCAGUUUUAUUACAUUUUGUUUUGCAGCAGAAAAAGAGGCAUUUUCUCUCAAAGUUAUCUGCGAUUGGCCAUCGCUAAUCAUCACUCAAGGACAAGCCAUACAGGGAACAGUAAGCGAGGUUGUCAGCUUUCUACUCGUUUGGGGCACUAUUGCCUACACGUACAUCAAGGUCGUAAUGGUGGCUCAUAAGGUUGGUUCGGCAACAUCUGCUUUCAAGGCUGGGAAAACUGUCUUGCUCCAUGCGGUCCAGCUUCUCCUUUGUAUGUUGGCCUUUACCCAUGGAUUCACAGAAAAGUUCUUCAGGCAAUACUUUUAUUUGCUUCCCCUGACUAACUUUUUAACAUUGAUGUUGCUUCCUAGACUGAUCAGUCCCUUAAUUUAUGGCAUCAGAGAUGAAGUGUUUAGCAAGCACAUGAACAAGUUCUUUCGGUCAAAAAAGUCCCCAUCAUUAUAGUGAAAAGCGAACCCAGGUUUAUUACAACACA